AUGUCCAAGCGCAAAUCAGUAGAACCGCACGAAGUAGCAGGUUCGCCCGCGAGCAAGCGUGCUAGGGUUGAGGACGAUCUUGAAGAUGUAUCAGCACCGCACCCUCGACAAAAUGGGCUGAAAGAAACCAAUCAUACUGGCAAGACUGCGCCGGACGCCGACGAUGACUUUGACAGCGAUGAAGAGUACAGUAUUGCUGCGCCGACACAAGACAAAGCGCCGUUGCAGGGUUAUGGCGAUCUCUAUCUUGACACGAUCAACAGGUCGGUCCUGGAUUUCGACUUCGAGAAACUAUGCUCAGUAACACUAUCAAACAUCAAUGUCUAUGCCUGCCUGGUAUGCGGAAAGUACUUCCAAGGACGAGGGAUGAAGUCAUAUGCCUAUUUUCACGCUCUGGACGAGGACCAUCAUGUCUACAUCAAUAUGGAAACGAAAAAAGUGUAUGUGUUGCCAGAAGGUUACGAGGUUCUGAACAGGAGUCUGGACGACAUCAAAUACGUGAUAGAUCCAAAGUUUACAGAAGAAGAUGUUAAGAAGCUGGACAAAGUGCCGUUCGAGUCUGUGGAUCUCUCCAACAAAAGGUACAGACCUGGCUUUAUAGGCAUGAACAACAUCAAGGCGAAUGACUACCUAAAUGUUGUUGUACAGACGCUGUCCCACGUCGCGCCCAUAAGAAACUUCCUCCUUCUGCAUGACUUUCCUCAAAACUCUUCGCAGCUAGCCAUAAGAUUGAGCACCCUCGUUCGCAAGAUUUGGAAUACAAAAGCUUUUCGAAAUCAUGUAUCGCCGCAUGAACUCAUCCAAGAGAUUGCGAUCCGAUCGUCGAAGAAGUUUACCCUCACACAACAAUCAGACCCAGUCGAUUUCAUAUCCUGGUUCUUGAACAGUCUUCACGUUGCUCUUGGCGGCUCGAAAACAAAGCCAUUGUCAAGCAUAAUACAGCGGACGUUCCAGGGCAAAAUACGUAUCGAAACCCAAGCCAUUCGUGCCGUCGAAACAGGCGACGAUCGUCUACGGUUCGAGGAGUCCUCGCAGAUCGACACAAAAGUCUCUCCGUACAUGAUCCUCACACUCGACCUUCCACCUAUUCCACUUUUUCGCGACAGCGUGGAAAGCAAGAAUAUUAUUCCUCAGGUCGCUUUGACAACGUUGUUGCAGAAAUACGGUGGCCUACAAACGUCGGAAAAGGCCAACACUCGAGUGCGACAUAGAUUACUUCAUCCGUUACCACCAUAUAUCAUCUUCCAUAUAAAACGUUUCAGUGUCAACAAGUUUGUAAGUGAGCGCAAUCCUACAAUUGUCACAUUUCCCUCUCCACGAGGGCUGGACAUGUCGCCAUAUGUUGAGCCGAACCCUGAGUUUGCGUCACCCAGCGAGCCUAUCAUAUACGAAAUGGUCAGCAACAUUAUUUUGGAUGCUGCCACAGGCAAAGGAGGCGGUGAAGACAGUAAUGCUGCUGAUGCAGCGAAUCGUGCAGUUGGUGGGGAAGGCGAGAAGGUAAUGUGGAAAGUGCAGGUUCGAGACAAAGCAGCCGCGGACGUGGCAGGAACGGAGCAGGGAAGGAGGCUCCCAGAGUGGAGGGAGAUACAAGAUCUAUAUGUUGAAAGAGCUGAGGCAGAAACGUUGUUUACUCGAGAAGGGUAUCUUAUGGUUUGGGAAAGAAAGACGAGGCCCAGGAUCAAAGAGGCGAAUGGGUCGAGUAAGGGCAAGACAGUGACCAGAUAG